AACGUUAUAAAUUCAUUAGCGUUCUGGUUUAUUUUGCUGUUAUUUUGGUGUUUUUUGGUAGUUGAAUUGUGACUUUAACUCCUAUUUCUAAACAUCCAUAGUCUUCGUGCUAAUGUUUAAUUUUAUAGCUGCAUAACGCUAUUAAACCUGGAACCGCCUAUAUUACUGUUGUUAUUAUUAUGAAUUACAAAUAUUCAUGACAGAUAUUAUUUACAAUAGUAAUAUCUUAUUUCGAAUGUAAGCAUUCGAAUAUUUGCACCAUGUGGCCUGGUUUGGGCACAAAUCAAGCCAGAAAAGGCUAAUGGAUUUAUAUGGUGGAUUUAGAAUUUUUUCUUCAGUAACUCAUGCUGAUGAAGGUUGAGGCCUGUUGGGUCAGCACCCAAAGCCAUGGUAUAUGAGCAUCUGAAUGGCAUAAUCCUUAAUGAUAUAUGACAUCCAAUGCAUAAGACCUAGAUGUGAUCAUUACACAUUACAAGAUGAAAUGGCAAUGCCGGGCUAUUUGUCUUAUUUUUGUCUCUGUCUGGGUCAUAAUUGCCUACUACUCAUAUGUACCUGAAAAGUCAGCAUCAAAUAAGCUCCAAAUUAAGCCAUAUUCUUCCAUGUUCCAUAUUUCAACAGAAGCAAAUGAACUAGAUUCAAAUUUUCAAACAUGGAGAAAAGAGGCUCCUAAAAGGCAGCAAAGUUUUUUGGAAAGUCAUGAGAAAGCAGAAAAGAACACAGAUGUAGGCCUUAAGAAAAAAAUUGGAAUUAUCCAUGGAAAAGACAAUGAAGUAGAACGGAGUGAAGGUUAUCGUCUCUAUGCUUUCAAUGUAUUGAUAAGUAAUCGAAUUGGUUUGUUCAGAAAACUACCAGAUACUCGUCCCCCCGAGUGUCCAAAGGAAAUCCAUUUACAAGUGCCACUCAAAGCAAGUGUAAUUAUAUGUUUCUAUAAUGAAGCACCAACAACUUUAUAUCGGUCAGUUAAUACUGUGAUAAAAAGGUCUCCUCCAGCAAUGAUUCUUGAAAUAAUACUUGUUGAUGACUUCAGCAAUCAAUAUCUUCUUUAUGCAGCUGACCAUACUGACCUGAAAGAGAUGUUUCCCAAUGUGAAAGUUUUCAGAACAACAAAACGUGAAGGUUUAAUCAGAGCACGUUUAUUUGGAGCUUCAAAAGCUACUGGUCAGGUACUGAUAUUUCUGGAUAGCCAUAUUGAAGUAAACGUUGGUUGGUUACCUCCACUACUAUCUCCUAUCGCCAAAGAUCGUAAAACUGUUACCAUCCCAUUUGUAGACACAAUCAACUGUAAUACAUUUGAUUAUACUGCGUCACCUCGGGUACGUGGCGGUUUCAACUGGGGUUUACAUUACCAAUGGGACCCAUUACCAUCAAAGUUCAACAAAGUCUCCCCUGCUGCACCAAUUCCAACACCAACAAUGGUUGGAGGUUUGUUUGCCAUUGAACGUCAUUACUUUAAUGAGAUGGGAAAAUAUGAUGCUGGCAUGGAUCUUUGGGGUGGAGAAAACUUAGAAAUCUCAUUUCGGAUAUGGAUGUGUGGUGGUCAUCUUGAAAUAAUUCCAUGUUCCCGAGUUGGACAUGUUUUCCGAAAUCGUCGCCCUUAUUCUUCUCCAAGAGGAGAAGACAGCAUGCUGAAGAAUUCAUUACGUGUUGCUCAUGUUUGGCUGGAUGACUAUAUUAAAUUCUUCUUCAAGACUAAUCCUGGAGCCCGCAACAAUGUAAACUAUGGAGACAUUUCUGAAAGACUAUCUCUGAGAAAAUUUUUAGAGUGCCAUUCCUUCAAAUGGUAUUUAGAAAAUGUCUAUCCAGAACAGAUCCUGCCAAAUUCUGGUAAAAGAUCACCCGUUCUUUUAAAUCCACCAGUCCAUGCAAGACCUCUGAAACCAAAAGUUGUUGAUAAGAUUGUACAUAUUGCAUCAGGCUUAUGUAUUCAGUCAGCUCAGGAAAUAUAUGCUAAGCAUUCAAAGCUGAUUUUGGCUAAAUGUGAUUCAAGCCCCAAAAUAAAGAAGCAGCAAUGGUAUCAAACAUUUGAUAAUGAACUGAGAUUAGCUAAUAAGUUAUGUCUGGAAAUCAAUGAUGUUGGAUUCAAGAAAAGCUUUCCAAGAUUAAUGAAAUGUCAUAAUAGUAGAGGAACUCAAGAAUGGAUAUGGUUCAAUUCAGUAAGUCUAUUAGUUUUAAUAAAUGUGUUAAUCUUUCAGAUUCAGACCUUACAGGUGUGUUGGUCUAAUAGACUUAACAGACCAGUUAGCCUGAAAGAUCUGAAAGAUGUGUUUAAUGAAGCCUGGGAGAUAUGUUGGGCAAGUGAAUCUAAUAGAUAUGUUGGUUUAAUAACCAGUCUAAUCAAAUGAUUUACUUUCAUGUCAGUCUCAAAGCAUAUUCAGUUUUAAAACCCAUCUCAGACAUGGAAAAUACCUAGGUUUUAUCUUGUGUAAAUUUUUUUUUUUUUAAAUCAAAUCCUUUUUUUUUAACUAAAUAAAUAUUGAAAUGUUUAAUCAUUUACUUUGUAUUUAAAAAAAAUAAUAAAUCACAGCUUAAAAUA